AUGGCGGCCGUAAACAGUGGUGGCAGCGAAGAAGUUAUCAGUCAACCGGCGAAACACCAAGAAGUUGGCCACAAGAGUCUCCUACAAAGUGAUGCUCUUUACCAAUAUAUUCUUGAAACCUCCGUCUACCCAAGAGAGCCUGCACCCAUGAAAGAGCUCCGUGAGGUCACUGCUAAACAUCCAUGGAACCUUAUGACAACUUCUGCUGACGAAGGCCAGUUUUUGAACCUUCUUCUGAAGCUCAUCAACGCGAAGAACACCAUGGAGAUUGGUGUGUACACUGGUUAUUCUCUUUUGUCAACGGCUCUUGCUCUCCCUGAUGAUGGAAAGAUAUUGGCUUUAGAUAUUAAUCGUGAAAAUUAUGAAAUUGGUCUUCCAAUCAUUGAGAAGGCCGGUGUUGCUCACAAGAUUGACUUCAGAGAAGGUCCAGCGCUUCCUGUCCUAGACCUAAUGAUCGAAGAUGAAAAAUUCCAUGGAAGUUUUGAUUUUAUAUUUGUGGAUGCUGAUAAAGACAACUAUCUAAAUUACCAUAAGAGAUUAAUUGACCUUGUCAAGAUUGGUGGCGUAAUUGGGUAUGACAACACCCUUUGGAAUGGAUCAUUGGUGGCACCACCAGAUGCACCACUUAGGAAGUAUGUUAGAUAUUACAGAGACUUUGUGUUGGAGCUUAACAAGGCGUUGGCUGUUGACCCAAGAGUUGAGAUUUGUCAGCUUCCAGUUGGAGAUGGAAUUACACUAUGUCGUCGUAUCAGCUGA